AUGUUUGCCAGGCCAGCGCGAGCCUUGUACCGCUCGCGGGCCACCGUCCGACUCAACUCAACGGUCGCACCGGCAGCCAGCGCACAGACGGGCAAGAAGGCUGCGCCGAAGCGCACCGUCCCUAUGCUCGAGGAGUUUGGAGACAUCAAAAUUCCGAGUGCCCGCAGGGGCAGCGCCGGCUGGGAGUGGGCAGCAAACGUAGGGCUCGGGUCCGGUUUGGCCGACAAACUGGCACGACGACAGCAGCAGAACGCCCGGGGCGACUCUGAAGCCAACGAUGUUACACCUCGUGCACCCAGGUCGGCCGUUCAAGCGGAGCAACGACGCUCGAAUCAGGACAAGCGGGCUCCGCAGGGAGGGGAGAGGAAUCAGAAUGGGGCGAAUAGGAACCAGUAUGGGGCGAACAGGAGCCAGGAUGGGGCGAAUCGCAGCAACAAUACACGAGCACAAGGAGGAGACAGAGCCGCUCGACCUCAACGAAGUGACACCCAGAACCGCUCACCCAGGCAGUCGAGACCACAGCAACAGACCGACGCGAGGCGAUCCUCGAAUGGGCGUUUCAAGCGCGAGGAAACUGCUGAAGCUGCUGCUGCCCCCGCAGAGUCUGCUGCCCCAAGCCCUCCCAUUCACCUCGAUGUUCAGAGGGACACAGCGAAGAUCGCACUGUCCACCUCCGAACUCGAUACACUCUUCGUGCACAAGAAGCGUUUCGCUUCUCCCGCAAGGGCAGUUGCUGCCGUGAAGCCCGGUGCUCGGGACCUGCGGAAUGCCACCGCUGCAGUCGGAGGGCGGCCGUUCGAGAGGCGGUCAGGCGAUUAUUCGCGGUAUCUCCCUCAAGACUUGGGCACGUCGUUCCCGGAGCUGCUCGGGCCUCUCGGCAAUGCCAGGCUGCUCGUUGGACGCAGAACGGAGGUGGGGUUCAAGUCGCGGGAGAGGAUUUUGGGCACCGUGCAGAGCCUGGUGGUGAACAAGGUUGUAGAAAACCAGCCCGCGUAG